CGCCGCGGCUUGCCAACGUCACAUGCGCAAUGGCCGGUUCUCCACGGGCUCGUUUAUGAUGACAUCCGUGUGCUCGUGAUCCGAUCUCAUUAGUACCGUCACCCUCACCUCUCCCUUCAUCUCUCACCACUCGAAUUUGUAGACCUCCGUCCUCUCCAUCACCAUCCUCUGCACCCCAAACCCGCCAACCACACCCCAAUUUCCUCUCCACACUUCUCCACAACGACAACAAUGUCUCUCAAAGACGAUGCCUUCCCCUCCUCCGCCGCCUUCGACAUGAUCUCCAGCGCGCUCUCCUCCGACGAAGCGGAGCGCAAAGACGCCGUGCGCAAGGGCGGCGCCAUCUUCGCCUUCACGCUCAAGAACGACCAAAAGGCGGAGAGCAGCUGGUACAUUGAUUUGAAGGAGAGCGGGGAGGUGGGCAAGGGGCAGGCGCCGGAGGGGAAGAAGGCGAAUGUGGUCCUGACGCUCAAAGACGAGGACUUCGGCAAGUUGAUCUCGGGCAAGUCGAACGCGCAGAACUUGUUCUUGACGGGCAAGCUCAAGAUCCGAGGGGAUGUGAUGAAGGCGACGAAGAUGGAGCCCAUCCUCAAGAAGGCGCAGAACAAGGCCAAGCUAUGAGGCGGCUGGGAGGUAUGUCUUGGGUCACGAAUGGAAGAGUUGGCGUACAGUGGACUAGCGCACUUGAUUAGCACUCUCGAGAAUGCAACGUUAGGGUGGCAUCUAUUUAUGUUGUCAUGCGGUU